AUGGGUUUGGGAGGAAGAUUAGUUUUGUCUGUUAAAACUGUGGGGUUUGUUGGUGUUGGUUGGGAUGGCGGUGGUGGUGGCGAUGGUGAUGGUGGGGUGAAGCUUCGAGCUAAUACAACUAGGGGUGAUAUUGUAGCGGUCUUGUUGUGCUCAUCUCACCCAUUUUGCUGUGCUAGAGAUACAGUAACAUAUGACACUCCAAUUACCGACGGUGUUGAAUCAGAAACUCUUGUUUCGUCUGGUGGAAGAUUUGAACUCGGAUUCUUUAGCCCUUCACCUGAAGGGACUCAAAGAUAUGUUGGCAUAUGGUAUCACCAACUGAGUCCGAGGACAGUGGUAUGGGUUGCCAACAGAGAAAAGGCAGUUGACAAUUCCACUAGUAAUGGAAGUCUUGCACUCCAAGAUGGUAACCUCCAUGUGUUGGAUGCUGCUGGAAAGAGGUACUGGUCAACGGAGGUUGAAACAUCCGAGUCUUUGACGCAGACUGUGACGCUCAUGGAUUCCGGGAACCUUGUUCUAAGCAGUGGCCAUGAUAAGUUGGCAGUGAAUAUUCUGUGGCAGAGCUUUCAAAGUCCAACCGAUACAUUCAUUCCUGGGAUGGUAAUGGAUAAAAGCUUGGUGUUGACUUCAUGGAGAGGCGAAGAUGACCCGGAAAGCGGGCGAUUCAUCUUCAAAAAAGAUCCAGUUCGAGAGGACCACAAGAAAUAUGUUGUUGGAAAUUCCAGCAAGGUUUUCAGUUCUCCGAGUCAAAACUCUUCUUAUAAAAACCCAGGAAUUCCUCCACGAUCAGAAUACAAUUAUACAAGCUGCAAUAGUAAUAAUAGGCCGCUGCUGUGCAAAUGUUUGCCAGGUUUCAAGCCCCAGUAUCUACAGCAGUGGAAUUCUGGAGACUUUUCAGGUGGAUGCAAAAGAGACUCUGCAUUAUGUGGCAACAACAAGAUUGAUACCUUCUUGAGCUUGAAGAAGAUGAAAGUGGGAAACCCAGAUUCAAAAAUCAACGUUGAAAAAGAAGAAGAAGAAUGCAGGAACGGGUGCUUAAAUAGCUGCCAGUGCAAGGCCUAUUCAUAUGCUAUAUCUGGAGAGUAUAGUAAUCGAAGGGAUGCUUCAUUGUGCAAAAUAUGGAACGAGGGAGAUCUAAAUAAUCUUGAAGAAGAGUAUACUGAUGGGGGCCAGGACCUCUCUGUUCGUGUUGCGUUGUCUGAUUUAGGUAUUCUUCCUCUGAAGCUUCCCGAAACUAACAAAUGA